AUGUUUGAGAUGGAGUUUACACCAGCCAACAAAGAGCCCAAGAAGGAAGAUCAUCGGCACCUCAACCAGUUCAUCGCCCACGCAGCUCUUGACCUGGUGGAUGAGAGCAUGUGGACCACGGGCAACAUGUAUCUCAGACUGGUUGAUAAGUUUAACGAGUGGUAUGUGUCAGCAUUUGUGACUGCUGGCAGAAUACGGCUCAUUUGUCUCCACGAUGUUAAGAAUGAUGAUGGCAUCAAAAACUUCUUCAUGGAGAUGUAUGAAACAUAUAUUAAGCACUCGAUGAACCCAUUCUACACUCCCAACAGUCCCAUCAAGUCUCCAGCAUUUGAAAAGAAGGCACACUUUUAUGGAAGAAAAUAUCUAACUGGCUAA